AAAAAAAGAAAAAAAUAAAAAACAAAUUUGAGUGCCAGUGAGAGAAGCAUUUAGAUGAGAGAAAAAGAGUGAGAGAACAGAAAACCAAGAAGUUGUUUUCAUUUUCUUGUUGAAGCUGUGACUGAUAAGUCAAUUGAUUCUUCUGUAGCUGCUGCAUUGUUGUAGUUAUAAAGAACAAGUAAUGGGUGAUUCAACUGACUCUGUCUCUAUUGAUAUUGAUAUGAUGCCUCUUGGAGGGAAGGAAUGUUUGGUUAAAACAAGCAAAGGUUCAAUCACUGUUUUGGUUUGUGGGGAUCAAGAAAAGCCUGCUCUGAUAACAUACCCAGAUGUUGCUCUCAAUUACAUGUCCUGUUUCCAAGGUCUCUUCUUUUCCCCAGACUCAGCUUCAUUGUUGCUUCACAACUUCUGCAUUUACCAUAUUGAUGCCCCAGGGCAUGAGUUGGGAGCUGCUGUGAUACCUUCAGAUGUGCCUUUGCUCAGUGUGGAUGACCUUGCAGACCAGGUUGCCGAAGUGGUCGAUUUCUUUGGACUGAAAGAGGUGUUCUGCUUGGGUGUAACUGCUGGUGCUUAUAUUCUUACACUCUUUGCUAUGAAAUAUAGAGAACGUGUACGUGGGUUGAUCCUUGUUUCCCCUGUAUGCAAAGCACCUUCGUGGACUGAAUGGCUUUAUAACAAGGUAUUAUUGAACUUGUUAUAUUUCUAUGGAAUGUGUGGUCUAUUAAAGGAAUGCCUUCUUCAUCGCUACUUCAGUAAGGAGCUUAGGUCUAGCAUGAAUGGUGCAGAAUCAGAUGUAAUACAAGCUUGUCGAAGGUUACUAGACGAAAGGCAAAGUUUGAAUGUCAUGCGCUUUCUUCAAGCAAUGAAUGAGAGGCAUGACCUUACAGAGGGCUUAAAGAAGCUACCAUGCAAAACACUCAUUUUUGUGGGCGAUUGCAGUCCAUUCCAUACUGAAUCAGUGUAUAUGAAUGCUAUGAUGGAAAAAAAGAUAUGCGCUCUUGUUGAGGUUCAGUCAUGUGGCUCGCUAGUGACAGAAGAACACCCAUACGCAAUGUUGAUUCCCAUUGAAUUCUUUUUAAUGGGGUUUGGCUUAUACAGGCAACAACUACCCUUAUCUGCAGCAUCAAGUAAUGGAUCAAACCCCGCCAAACCUCCUAGUCUGACGUAUUCAUGCAUAGCACCAGAGCUGCUCUCCCCUGAGAGCUUAGGGAUCAAGCUUAAACCUAUUAAAACCCGCGCGACCAUUGAAAUUUGAUCAAGCUUAAACCUAUUAAAACCCGCGCGACCAUUAUUUCAUGCAUGCCUCUCUCCCUGUUUCACCUCAUUUAAUCAGUGAUGCAUAUUUUGGCAAGCCACAGAAGCAGAACGACAGCUUUGCACGUAAAUAUAUAACCAUGUUAAGUAUAUAAUGUCUUCAUGGUAGCACAUUCUUUGAUUGGUUUUUGUGCUCAGAGGGAGAGGAUUUUUGUGUUCAAUUAGGUUUCAGUGAAUCAAUUCUUUCUAAUCAAGUGUAGAUAAAGCAGAUGAGAGAUAUUGUAGUUUGAGGGGUAGAGGUAUUCUUUUUGAGCAUGGCUUAAUGUUGUGUUUGGUUGAGGAAUUUGAGGGAUUUGGAAAGGAAAAUGGAAAAAGUAGGUGAAAUAUGAAUAAAAUAUGCCUAAAUUUCACAUAGUUUCACACACUUUUUCCCUUUUCCUUUCCAAAUCCCUUCCCAAAUCCUCCAACCAAACACACCAUAAAUGUUCGCACACAUUGAUGAUGACUACUUUGUAAGUUUAACUGUUCUUUUAUAAUAAAGUCCUUUUAGA